GCCAGGGGAGAGAGACACGGAAGGGCUCAGGGGUUUGAGACAUUUGGCUUUGGUGCACCGUCCCAUCAGGAGGCUCUGUGGACGUUCUCUCCCCCCUUUUGGACGGCUCAGCUCUCCUGCAGCAGCAGUCCUCACUACACCACUACCGGUGGCACAGCGCUGGGAGCCCUGAAGGACACACACGCACGCACGCACGCACCGGUCAGAGCAGACGAUGGAGCUCAGGCGACUGGCGGGACGGUUCUUAUUCCUUUUCACUCUGUGUCAGGUCUGGCCAAGCUCCCAGACGCAACAGCAUGGGCUGGAACCAGCCGUCCUGUAUCCGUGGCGACAGGCCAGAGGGGGGCUGGCCAGGAUGAAGCGGGACUGGAUCAUCCCACCCAUCCGUGUGCUGGAGAACGGCAAGCAGGUCCCAGAGCCACUCGUACAGAUCAAAUCAGACAAGGUUUCCACGGGUCAGGUGAUCUACAGGCUGGAAGGGCCAGGGGUCAAUCAGGAGCCCAAGGACCUUUUCGAAAUAGAUGAGAAAACAGGAUGGAUCAACACCAAGAUGCCCCUGGACAGAGAAAAAUACAGCAGUUUCACGCUGAAAGCCUUUGCCUUGUCGCCGAGUGGGGAAAGGCUAGAGAGUCCAACCACUAUUGAAAUCUAUGUGCUGGAUCAAAAUGACAACAGGCCAAACUUCACCAAGCCUCAGUUCGAGGGCAGUAUUCGUGAGUUUGCUCUACCAGGUACCUCGGUGAUGCGUGUAAUAGCUGAAGAUAAAGAUGACCCCAUGACAGACAAUGCCAUCUUGAGUUACUCCAUCCUCAAACAAGAGAGCUUUCCUCCUAACAAAGCAGAGAAGAACAUGUUUGGCAUCCGAGAAACAACGGGGGAAAUUUACACUCUCGAGGGCAUAGACAGAGAGGAAAUCCAGGCCAUCAGCCUGACUCUUCAGGUGGCUGACAUGUCAGGGAUGGGUCUGACCAGCACUGGCCACGCCAUCAUCAACAUCACUGACAUCAACAACCAUGGUCCAAAGUUCCUCCCUGACAAGUACAAGUUCUAUGCUGUGGAGAAUGCCCUGACUGAAGCAAUAGGAAAGGUCAAUGCCACUGAUGGUGAUGAGCAGGGUGGAAAGAACUGGGAAGUUCAGUAUCACAUUUCAGAGGGGGAUCCCAACUCACACUUUUCCAUCAUAACAGAUCCUGUCACCAACCAAGGCAUUUUGUCAGUCAUAAAGCCACUGGACUUUGAGUCCAGUCCUGAGCAUGAGUUGGUCCUAACUGUGUCCAACUUGGUGCCACUGGAGGGCAUGUCCCUCGAUUCCCCCAUCACCACAGCUACAGUCACCGUUGUGGUUUUGAAUGAGAACGAAGCGCCCCGCUUCUAUGUAGACCCAAUCCCUGUAAAAGUUCCUGAGUCAAUUGUGCCUGGAACAGUUAUUGCCCAAAACAUCGCCCACGACCCCGACACUACCAGACUCAGGUUCGAGAUCAGCCAUGACCCAGAGAGGUGGCUUGCCAUUAACCAUGACACUGGAGUAGUCACGGCUAGACAAGCCUUCAACAUCCGCUCGCGACACGUCAAGGACAACAUUUACCGUGCCAGGAUUAAAGUAUCUGAUGCUGAUACCGAUGGGAUCUCGACCACAGGCACUCUGGAGAUUUCCCUCAUUGAGACGAAUGACCACAGCCCUCAGCUCUUCCCACUGAGUGCCACCAUGUGCAGCAACAGACAAACUAAAGGUGUCCUGCUGACAGCCACUGAUGAGGACAUGCCACCACACUCUGCGCCUUUCACGUUCACCAUGCUCUCUGAAGCCAACUGGACUGUAAUGAAUAUCAACGAGACCCAUGCAAUCCUGGAGCAUCUGGUAGACGUUGAAUCCGGGGAAUUCUCCGUCUAUGUGACCGUGUCCGACUCGGGCGCACCCCAACUCACCUCCGUCAACCAGAUCAAUGUCACCGUAUGCCCAUGUGACGCAGAUGGGGAAUGCAAGGCCAUCUUUGACGCCAUCUUUGCCAACCGAGUGGGCCUCAGUUUCAUCGCCCUGAUUGUCAUCAUGAGUUGUCUCGCUCUCUUAUUCUUGUUGCUGUUGCUCACGGUGGCUGUGGGAGCCUGCAAGAGACACCAUAUGAAGAAAGGAGGCGGGCUGCUGAUCGGAGUGUCGGAUGACGACAUCCGUGACAAUGUCUUCAACUACGAUGAGCAGGGCGGAGGAGAGGAGGAUGAGAAUGUGUUCAACAUUGACCUGCUGCGGAAUCCCAGUGAUAUCGUCCCUUCCCCAUCGCCCUUCGCUCCCCCGGUCUCCGGCUUCCCAAGAGGCAGACAGCCACUCAGGAAAGACGCUCCACACAACCUCCCCUCGCCUACUUACCCGCGCAGACCCCCUGCUGAUCCCACCGACAUCGAAGACUUCAUCAAUGAUGGUCUGGAGGCUGCUGACAAUGACCCCAACGUGCCCCCCUACGACACGGCGCUCAUCUACGACUACGAGGGGGACGGCUCUCUGGCGGGCAGCCUGAGCACCCUGGCCUCGGCCAGCUCGGACGGAGACCAGGAUUAUGACUACCUCAACGACUGGGGCCCACGCUUCAAAAAACUAGCAAACAUGUACGACCCACGUUAAUGUGCCCCUACCCACCAUGUCCAACCUAGAAUUUUCAGCACUGACAUGCACCGCGCAUAGAAUAAUGUUUGAGACUAAACAUACACACACUUAAGAGCAGACACACCCAUGGGCCUCUUCUUCAUUACCUUCUGUCCUUUCCCGGAAUUUUAAAAAGUGGUGCUUGCGCUUGUAUGGUAACAGACAGUGCUGUCAGGUCAGACACAAUACACACACAAUACACACAGUGCUACCUUGUUCUCUUAAUUUCUAUAGUUCCAAUUCUUUUUUGGUGCAUAUAAAGACAGUCGGCCCAAACGCGGCUUCAUAUCAUGGUCUUGCCUAGUGGAAGCCAACAGAUAAAAAGAAUGUCUGGUGGUACUUAUGUUAGACAGAGAGAAAGGCUAGAUGGAACUGAAGGGAUUUUAGGUUGUCUUAUCCGUUUGCCGUUUGACAUCUGAGAAUAAAAAACAUUUUAUGUCAGCUAUACUGAGAAUUAGAAAUGGUAUUGGGAAUGUUUGUAUUUCAAGACUGUAUCUGGUAGUAAGGCAAGUAAUAUCCACAGAUCAAUGAAUGUAGAUAUGAGAAUACAUGAGAUGUGGUCCGCAGACCUCCAGAAAAUGGGAGUUGGAAUGGCCUCUGGUACGUUGGAGUUUCCUGUGUACGAGUGAACAAGGCAUGAACAAGACUUUUUUUGAACAAGAAUUUUUUUUGGUACAUUACUACCUUUUUAUAUGAUAUGUAAAUAGAAUGUUAUACUUGAUGAUACUAUAAUGAUACUUUGUUUUAUAUAUUUUUCUGUUUAAUGUUAUAGUGAAAGAGUGAUACAUGUUUUGACAAACUGUUCAAGAACUGAAGUAACACUUUCACAUGCAAAAAUAUUUUGAUGUCUUUUUAAGCAACGGUGUUUCAGUGUGCUUAAUUUAGCCCUAUUCAGCAUUAAAUAUAAUACAUGUAUUCUCAGUAAAAUCAUAUGGAUGUAUAACUUUUUCUUUUUAUACUUUUAAAUUCUGCAAUCAUCAAAAAAGAGAAAAAAAAGUAUGAUGUAUUGUCUUUGUGUGUAUGUUUUGUAUUGUGCUAUUUAUUUCAUUCAUGAGGUUAAAAUGGUGAACGUUACCUUGUACCAGUCAAUUUUGUGUUUAAUAAACCAGA